AUGAAACCACUUUUUAUUGGCGGAUGUACGUCGUUAACAGUGUUAUCGCUAAGGGAUAACUUAUUGGAGCAAUUACCUCUCGAAAUUGGUCGCUUAGAAAAUUUGAAAGUUUUGGAUGUUUGCAAUAAUCGACUCAAUUUCCUUCCGUUCACCCUCAACGUCCUCUUCAAUCUUCAAGCUUUAUGGCUAUCCGAAAACCAAUCUCAAGCGAUGUUGAAACUGGUAACCGAGCAAGAUCCACGAACUGGAAUUAAAGUAUUAACGUGUUAUUUGUUACCACAGAGCACAUCGCAUCAGAGUAGGCUGUUUUUUGAACGAAUCCCAACAAAUCGUUCGUUUGUUGGUGGUCCAAAAGUACAUUUCGGUGGUGAUUUGGAUGAGGAAGAGGAGGGACAAGAAGGUCAGAUUGGACAGUUCUCUCGUCAGGAUACACCACAUCCGAAACCACAUGCACAUGCGCCUAAAUUCAAGAAACAGUCUAUCGACGGUCACAUCAUCCAUCACGAUGAUGAUGUUAGUUUGUUGUACUUAUCGCUCGAUUUCAUUGAUUCCAUGUUUGUCCUUUUUUCGAUCGAUUUUCAGAAUGUUUUUGUUGAAUUCAAUCAUUUGAUAGCAUCAGUCAAACUGAGGAGUAUUCAUUCAUGA